CCUCUCUCGCGUCCAUCUUGCUCCCCGCAUGUGUCUGCUGUUAGUGUCCAGGUCAGUGAGGAGCUUUACAUUCCUUCUACCCUGCACUGUUUCCCCCAGAUCCGACGGCACGAGAUGAGAGAAUCAAUUAUGAAUCAAGAAAAACUUGCUAAACUACAGGCACAAGUCCGCAUCGGCGGAAAGGGCAGUGCUCGCAGAAAGAAGAAGGUUGUACACAGAACGGCAACCGCAGACGACAAGAAGCUGCAGUUCUCCUUAAAGAAACUCGGCGUCAACAAUAUCUCUGGAAUCGAGGAGGUUAACAUGUUUACAAACCAGGGAACAGUCAUCCACUUCAACAAUCCCAAAGUGCAGGCCUCACUCGCAGCCAACACCUUCACCAUCACCGGCCACGCCGAGACCAAGCAGCUGACCGAGAUGCUGCCCGGCAUCCUGAACCAGCUGGGAGCCGACAGCCUGACGAGCCUCAGGAGACUCGCUGAGGCUCUGCCCAAACAGGCUUCAGAUGGAAAAGCGCCUAUUGCAACAGUAGAAGAAGAAGAUGAAGAUGAUGAUGUUCCAGAUCUGGUGGAGAACUUUGAUGAAGCAUCCAAGGAUGAGGCUAACUAGAGGAAACGGGACUCCCCGAAGUGUCAGAACUUGACGGGACCGUGUGAGGCACAAGAUGUUUUUUUUUCCUGUCUAUUUCAAGAGGUGGAGAGCUAAAUGUUAAAAGUACCCGAGAAGAUUAAUAAUCCGUCAAUUCUUGGCCGUGAGCGUUCUGUAAAAUGUGCAACACCUGAACAAAGUACUUGCCUACUCUUAUGAAAGAUCUUUUAGUAAUUUUCUUGAACAGUACUCUGAAGUAUUAAAAAACCAUGGGAAGCAGUAUUUAAGGUAUUUUAGUACUCAUUCCACUUCUUCUUUUCCACCAGACUCUCCACAUGCUUGUUGUGCUCCGUGAGAGAUUGUGUGUAAAAUGUGGUGUUUUUAAGCUCCUGCUGUACAUCUUCCAUGUUACUGAACCUUAAUUCUUUUGUGGCCUCACUCAAACCACCAUAUCUGGAAUAAACCUUUGCUACUGUCAUAAAAUA